AUGGCGUUGUGUUGUGCCAUUUCGAACGAAGUUCCGGAGCAUCCAGUGGUUUCUCCUUCAUCCGGAGUAAUAUUCGAGAGAAGAAUAAUCGAAAAAUACAUACAGGAGAAUGGAGUGGACCCUAUAAGUGGAAAAGAAGUCGCUAUAGAUGAAUUAAUAGAAAUCAAAACGCCUCCAAUUGUAAAACCAAAGCCACCAAGUGCUACUAGCAUCCCAGCUACAUUAAAACUACUGCAGGAUGAAUGGGAUGCAGUUAUGCUGUACAGUUUUACACAACGACAGCAAUUACAAACAGCGCGACAGGAAUUAUCGCACGCUUUAUAUCAACACGAUGCUGCCUGCAGGGUGAUUGCAAGGUUAAACAAGGAAGUAACUGCUGCAAGAGAGGCUCUGGCCACAUUGAAACCACAAGCUGGUAUUACUACAGUCCCUCAACCUGCUGUUGCUGCUGAAGCUGGCGGUGUUGCCAAUCAACCCACUGAACAAGCUGGCAUGAGUGUCGAGGUUAUACAAAAAUUGCAAGAUAAGGCUGCUGUUUUGACACAGGAGCGUAAAAAGAGGGGUCGCACAGUUCCAGAAGAGUUGACUACUCAGGAACAGUUGAGAAGUUUCAGGACAUUGGCAUCUCUUAUUGGUCUUCAUUCCGCCAGUAUUCCUGGUAUUUUAGCUUUAGAUGUGCACAGUUCAGAUACCAGUAAAGUAUUAACAGGAGGAAACGACAAAAAUGCUACUGUAUUCAACAAAGAUACCGAACAGGUCGUCACAAUUUUAAAAGGACACACCAAAAAAGUCACAAAGGUCAUUUACCAUCCCGAAGAAGAUAUUGUUAUUACAGCUUCUCCCGAUUCGACAAUCAGAGUUUGGAACGUGCCGACCUCGCAAACCACUCUCCUCCUCAGGGCGCACGACGGUCCCGUAACGGGCCUGUCCCUGCACCCCACGGGAGACUACGUUCUGUCCACUUCCGAAGACCAACAUUGGGCGUUUUCCGACAUCCGUACCGGCAGACUUCUGACCAAAGUUUCCGAUCAAUCGAACGUGCCGCUGACCACCGCGCAGCUGCAUCCCGACGGUCUCAUCUUCGGCACCGGGACCGGGGAUUCCCAGGUCAAAAUUUGGGAUUUGAAGGAGCAGAGUAACGUCGCCAAUUUCACAGGACAUUCCGGAGCAAUCACCACGAUUUCCUUCUCGGAAAACGGGUAUUACUUGGCCACUGCCGCCGACGACGCGUGCGUUAAACUAUGGGAUUUGCGUAAAUUAAGAAACUUCAAAACUCUACAACUCGACGAAGGUUACCAAAUCAAAGAUUUGUGUUUCGAUCAAAGCGGAACCUAUUUGGCCGUUGCCGGAACUGACGUCAGGGUUUAUUUAUGCAAACAAUGGCAAGAAUUGAAAGUUUUUAACGAUCAUACUGCAGCGGCAACUGGAGUGAGAUUUGGCAAACACGCCAGAUUUUUGGCUUCAACGUCUUUAGAUAGAACUCUAAAAUUGUACGGUUUAGAGUAAAAAUAUUUAAAAAAAAAAUGUUCUGAAAUAUUUUAAUUUUAAUAGAUAUAGGUGUAACUUUGACUUGUCUGUAUUUUAUUUGAAAAAUAAACUUUUCUUAUCUA